GCAAGUCCUACCUUCUCUGCUUCCUGCUGUCGUGAGACUGUCGUCUUGUAGCAGCACAGAGUUAGCCCUGGCAUUCAACCAUGCCACUCGAUAGACUUCCUGGCUGGCUGUCUGCUGUGGCCUGUGGGCUCCUGCUUCUCCUCCUCCACGUGCAUGGCCAGGACUCAGCCAGCCCCAUCAGGAACACACACACAGGGCAGGUGAGAGGAAGCCUCGUCCAUGUGAAAGACAGCGAUGUUGGUGUUCACACAUUCCUGGGGAUCCCCUUUGCCAAGCCACCUGUGGGACCACUGCGCUUUGCACCCCCUGAGCCCCCUGAGCCGUGGAGUGGUGUGAGAGAUGGGACCUCCUUUCCAGCCAUGUGUCCACAGACUGAUGUGAUGAAAACAUUCUUUGCAGAGAUGAAUCUGAUCGUACCUCCUACGUCUAUGUCUGAGGACUGCCUGUACCUCAACAUCUACACACCAGCUCAUGCCCAUGAAGGAUCUAACUUGCCUGUGAUGGUAUGGAUUCAUGGUGGUGGACUGGUUGUAGGAAUGGCUUCCAUGAACGAUGGAUCCAAACUGACAGCUAUUGAGGAUAUAGUAAUUGUUGCUAUCCAAUAUCGCUUGGGUGUCCUUGGCUUCUUCAGCACUGGAGACAAACAUGCUACAGGCAACUGGGGCUACUUGGACCAAGUGGCUGCCCUACGCUGGAUCCAGGAGAAUAUUGCCUACUUUGGAGGCAACCCUGGCCAGGUCACCAUUUUUGGUGCUUCAGCAGGAGGAACAAGUGUGUCUUCACUUGUUGUGUCCCCUAUGUCCAAAGGACUCUUCCACAGAGCCAUCAUGCAGAGUGGAGUGGCCCUGCUGCCUGACCUUAUCUCUGACACACCUGAGGUGGUGCACACAACGGUAACCAACCUUUCAGGAUGUGAGGCCAAGGAUUCAGAGGCUCUGGUAUACUGCCUACGAGGCAAGACUUUAGAAGAGAUUUUGACUGUCAACCAGGUUGGAAGAAUUGUCUUCACUAUGAUCCCUGCUGUGGUGGAUGGGACGUUCUUUCCUAGGCACCCUCGGGAGCUGUUGGCCUCUGGGGAUUUUCACCCUGUCCCCAGCAUCAUUGGUGUUGACAGUGACGAGUGUGGUUGGGGAAUACCCUUGUUCAUGGGCCUUGACCAUGUCAUAAAGAACAUAACCAGAGAGACCCUGCCAGCUGUUCUGAAGAGCAGAGCAUCACACAUGAUGCUGCCUCCUGAAUUUAGUAACCUUCUGAUGAAAGAAUACAUGGGGGAUGUUGAGGACCCCCAGACCCUGCAAGCACAGUUCAGAGAAUUGAUGGAGGACUUCAUGUUUGUGAUCCCUGCACUCCAAGUAGCAAAUUAUCAGCGUUCCCAUGCUCCUGUCUACUUCUAUGAGUUCAAUCAUCAACCAAGCUACAUCAAGCAUGUCAGGCCGUCCCACGUGAGGGCUGACCAUGGUGAACACAUUCCUUUUGUCUUUGGCUCCCACCUUUGGGGCAUGAAUGUUGAACUCACUGAGGAGGAGAAGCUGCUGAACAGGAGGAUGAUGAAGUACUGGGCCAACUUUGCAAGACAUGGGAACCCCAACAGUGAGGGUCUCCCCUACUGGCCUGAGUUGAUCCAUGAUGAGCAGUACCUGAAGCUGGACAUCUAUCCUGCUGUGGGUCAAGCCCUGAAGGCCAGGAAGCUGCAGUUCUGGACAAAGACUCUGCCCCAGAAGAUCCAGGAGCUAAAGGGGGCUCAGGUCAACCAUGUAGAACUUUAGUGCCAGUCACAGAAAAGAUGGUGGAGUUGAGGGAAGAUGUGGACAUCCUGAGAUUAAAAAGUGCAUUUAUUUUUCUUUAUUUGAUCCAACACUCACACAAGCAUUUUUAACCUCAGUAUUUGCUCUUUCAUUGUGUAUGACAAACCCUCUGUAUGGUACUCAUACUUCUGGACACAUUUUAUUAGACUCAAUAAAUGAUCUCACAACCAUA